AGUGGGAGGGCAGGAAGCUGAGUCUGAGGGGCUGACUAGAGGGUAGAGCUAGUUCAGGAUAUGUGCUAACCGGGCAGGGCCAGGCUCUAGGGCGAGGAGGCGCGAGAGUGCCAGACGCGGAGUCGAGAGCCUCGCGGCACCCCACGCCCUUUGCUCCCAGGCACAAGGCCUUUCGCGACACGCAAGGGAAUCUCACCCUCUUCUACUGGAAGGAAGCUGCUGGCUGUGCGUCUGGGCUUCAUCAUCGCCUUCGAGCACGUGGUGUUCUUCCUGAGCCUCGUCGUCUGGCUCGUGCCCGACGUGCCAGCCAUCCUGGCUACCAAGAUCAAGCGCGGGCGCUACCUGGCCAAGCUGGCACUGGCAGACAACCGGGUGGCACUGCUUUCUCAGGGGCGCUGUCCCUGGAGCCCAGGACGUAGAGGCGAGUGAGGAGAGACUGCCCUUCCACGACGCUAGUUCCCCCAAGAUGCUUCCUUCAUUGGGGUCCUCUGCUUCCAGCCAGGGGUCUGGGCAGUACCUUGGCCAGCCGCCUCAAGGUUGCCUGGGAGCUGGGAUGAGAGGGUUAGGGUUCUCUGAAGACCCCUAGUCCUGCCUUGCCUCUCCAUGUUCCCAGUCUCCUGCUCUAUGUGCAGUACUGACAAUAAACCUCUCUUUGUGCCCCAUUGUGACAUCUCUCCAUGGACACCUGGUCCCUACUCACUCUGUGCAGUGUCUUCUCAUUACAUGAUGAUGCUCUGAGGGGCCAAAGUAGACAUGAAGGAGUGAAGGGACCUAACCACUCUGAACCGAGUGGUCACCAUUUGGUAGGGGAGAGUUCAUUAGUGUCUGGGUGUGGACCUCUUAUCCCAUGCGCUAAUCAAAGCCUAUAAUGUGUAAAUAACAAUAAAAGAGCUUAGCUAGAUCAGCUGAAAUACUUCCCAAUGGAUUUUCACACACUUUUCACCAGAUCCUUCCUAAAGCCCAGUGAAGCAGUACUGGGCAGUGGUUAAGGACACAAAUUGGUGGUGGAGUCAGACAGACCUGGGUUUGAAUAUUAGUUUUGACUUUUAUUUGCUGUGUGACCUUGGGCAAGUUCAGUCAUUAUCUGUGAGAUAGGGAUUUCAUAGAGCCGAUGGGAGAUUUAAAUGGGAUAAUGUGCUUAACCUGUGCAAGCCUCCUUUCCUCAUUUGAUUAAGUGGGAGAAAUAACAGUAUCUAUCUUCUAAGGUUGCGGUGGAGAUUAAAUGAAUAAAUAGAUGUGAAGUGCUCAGAAGGGUGGCCGGCACACAGUCAGUGUACAAUUAGAAUUAUUAGCAACAUGAGUAUUAGUAUUUGUAUACAUAAUUGUAUUAAGUGCCUGGCAAUUACCAAGUGCUCAGAUAAAUGGCAGGUAGUAUUAGGGAGAAAACAACUUCCCAACUUUCUCAGGUUUGUGAAGAUUGCAUGCCAGGUACAGAGUAGGCCCUCCUUACUAAAGGCUGGUUCUACUUGGGCUAUUUGAAUUGGUUUUUUGAGGGUUCAUUCAGUGUGGGCUAGAGCUUGGGAAGUCUGGUGGAGGAGGCUGCUGGAGGUGGUGAGGUGGGUCAUUAUAGGCAGCAAGGGAGGAUGGAUGGUUCAUGAGGAACUGGGAUGCUGCAAGGCCAGGAUGGUGCCAGAUGGUGCCAGGAUGGUGCCAGAUGGUCACAUCACAGACUUUUCACAAUUUUCGUCUCCCAACCAUAGAGACGAGUGUUCCCAUUUUAUAGAUGCUGUAGCCCGCUCUGAGAGAGUCAGUACACUGCAGAGUCCUCAGGGUCCCUGAGAAGUCUAAGGCGUGGGAGUUUCUCUGCAAAGGUCCCAGGAUGCUCCCCAGCCCCAAGAAGCCCCCUGCAGACGUUUCACAUUUGGGAAGCUCCAGAAGAUGGGUGACCUGUCCCCUGGGAGGAAAAGCAGUGCCUCUUCCAUCUUUAAGAUGUUAGUCUGGGGUCCUUCAGAGCCUCUCCUGGGCAUAGGACUCCCAUUGUUCCAGCCCCCCUCUUGUACCUCAGACUGGCCAAACCGGUUCUGGGGAAGGGGGCGGGAGCAGGCACGUUGAGACAGCCGCCUGCCCGCCUGCCCGCCUGCGAGGUUCCCUCCGCCCUUGCCUCCCCCCUCCCUGCCCCACACAAUACCUGGGAUCUUGCAUUGCCUGGCUCAGGGGCCAUGCUGACAUCGCCCCCUGAGGACCUGGCUGCAACCCCAGAGCCCCCAGGGUGGCCUGGAGCCCUGGACGUGCUGGAGGCUGGACGGAGCUCCCUGGCUGAGUUGACAAGGGUGAGGGGUUCUUCCUCGCCCUCCAGGGGCUUCCAGAACCCAAGUGGAGAGAAUCUCCCAGAAUACAAAGGAGCAGAGCCAGCUGGGCAGAGAGAGGGCUUCCCCUGCCGGAGCAGCCGAACAACAUCAGCAGCAGGCCUUGGCUGGAGAGGCCCAGGUGGGUGGCAGAGCAACAGAGGAAUGGACUGUGGGCCACCUGCCACCCUCCAGUCCCAUCUGGCUGGGCCACCUGGCACUGCCCACCACCCAGUAGCUGUGUGCCAGCAGGAAAGUCUGUCCUUUGUACAGUUGCCCACCCUGCAGCCCCCAAGCCCUGUGUGUCUGGAUCUCUUCCUCGUCGCUCCAGAGGAGCUGCAGGCGCCUGGCAGCCGCUGGUCCCUGGGGACCCCUGCUCCUCUCCAAGGGCUGCUAUGGCCAUCAUCCCCAGGAGGCCCAGACACUGAGAUCUCUGCCAGUGCAGGAAUGCGGCCCAGCAGGGCUGGCAGCUGGCCACACUGUCCUAGUGCCCAGGCUCCAGCUCCAGAGGGACCCUGGAGUUCCCAGCACCCACAGCCACAGCGCCGGGCCAGCCAUGGCUCAGAGAAGAAGUCAGCCUGGCGCAAGAUGCGGGUGUACCAGCGUGAAGAGGCCCUUGGGAGCCCCGAGGCCCAUCCUGUCUUCCUGGAGCCUAGCCGGGUGACAGAGCAGGCACUGAGCACAGAGGAGCCUGGGCCGCUGGAAAUGCCUGGGUCCACCCGAGUGGGCCUCGAGGGGCCUGAGCGGAGGCGCUUCUCAGCCUCUGAGCUGAUGACUCGGCUGCACUCUUCCCUGCGCCUGGGGCGGAAUUCUGCAGCCAAGGCACUGACUCCAGGGUCAGGCACUGGAGUUGCCCAGGAAGGGAAAGCGUCUGCAAUGGAGUCGCGCAGUAUAGAGAUGAGGGUGGACGCUAUGGCGAUGUCAGCCCCUGUUGACCUGAGCAGGGGCCAUGGCAGCUGGCCCGAGCCCAGGCUGGAUGCGCAAGAAGAGCCGGCUCUGGGUUCCAGGAGCGCCAGCGAGCGGCGCCAGUCACGGUUCCUCCUUAACUCCGUCCUCUACCAGGAAUACAGCGACGUGGCCAGCGCCCCGAGGCAAGGGGGUUCAGGCUGGUGUGGGCUUUUCAACCCUGCGUCCGCCCUCGCUCAGGCCAAGUUUGAGCUGAUCACGUCGGAGGCCUCAUACAUUCACAGCCUGUCGGUGGCCGUGGGCCACUUCUUAGGCUCAGCUGAGCUGAAUGAGUGUCUGGGGGCCCAGGACAAGCAGUGGCUGUUCUCCAAACUGCCCGAGGUCAAGAGCACCAGUGAGAGGUUCCUACAGGACCUGGAGCAGCGGCUGGAGGCAGAUGUCCUGCGCUUCAGUGUGUGCGAUGUUGUGUUGUACCACUGCCCGGACUUCCGUCGCGUCUACCUGCCCUAUGUCACCAACCAGGCCUAUCAGGAGCGCACCUACCAGCGCCUGCUCCUGGAGAACCCCAAGUUCCCCGGCAUCCUGGCUCGCCUGGAGGAAUCCCCCGUGUGCCAACGCCUGCCCCUUACCUCCUUCCUCAUCCUGCCAUUUCAGAGGAUCACCCGCCUCAAGAUGCUGGUGGAGAACAUCCUGAAGCGGACAACACAGGGCUCUGAAGAUGAACACAUGGCCACCAAGGCUUUCAAUGCACUCAAGGAGCUGGUGCAGGAGUGCAACGCUAGUGUGCAGUCCAUGAAGAGGACAGAGGAGCUCAUCCACCUUAGCAAGAAGAUCCACUUUGAGGGCAAGAUCUUCCCGCUGAUCUCUCAGGCCCGCUGGCUGGUUCGGCACGGGGAGCUGGUGGAGCUGGCACCGCUGCCUGCAGCACCCCCUGCCAAGCUGAAGCUGUCCAGCAAGGCGGUCUACCUGCACCUCUUCAACGACUGCCUGCUGCUCUCUCGGAGGAAGGAACUGGGCAAAUUUGCCGUUUUUGUCCACGCCAAGAUGGCCGAGCUGCAGGUGAAGGACCUGAGCCUGAAGCUCCAGGGCAUCCCUGGCCACGUGUUCCUCCUUCAACUCCUCCCCGGGCAACAUGCAAAGCACCAGUUCCUGCUGAGGGCCCGGACGGAAAGUGAGAAGCAGCGAUGGAUCUCAGCCAUGUGUCCCUCCAGCCCCCAGGAGGACAAGGAGGUCAUGAGUGAGGGGGAAGACUGCCCCCAGGUUCAGUGUGUCAGGACAUACAAGGCACUGCAGCCAGAUGAGCUGACCUUGGAGAAGACUGACAUCCUGGCAGUGAGGACCCGGACCAGUGAUGGCUGGCUGCAGGGGAUCCGCCUGGCAGAUGGUGAGAAGGGGUGGGUGCCCCAGGCCUACGUGGAAGAGAUCAGCAGUCUCAGUGCCCGCCUCCGAAACCUUCGGGAGAAUAAGCGGAUCACAAGCGCCACCAGCAAACUGGGGGAGCCCCCCGUGUGAUGGGCAGCCGUGGCCUGGGACACCAGCUCCACACUCGGCUCCCGGACAGGUCUGGAGGCGCCUGCGGUGCCUCCAUGCCCCAAGCUGCUGCUGCUGGGGCUUCUGUUCUGAGGCCUGGCAUCGAGGGUACAGGCUGGACACAGGAGGGGUUGUCCUCGUGCUCCUCGGCGUCCAUGAUUCAGAACUGAAGGUAGUUUCUUCCUCAGGCUUGGGGGCCACGACAUGUGACCUCUGAUGUCUGGCAAGGACUAGGGCCCUCUCCUUUUCCUGCUCUCGACCCUGCCUGACUCUGGGCCAGCACUGGUGCUGCUGGGUGCUGGGCCUAUAUGUGUAUGUAUAUCUGGAGUCUUCUGGCCUGAGCCCGUGUGGGCCCUGGUUGCUGUGACUUGUCUGUAAAUAAACUCCCAUAAUGCCUUUGC